AUGUCUGCCAAUGCGUGGAUCGUCAAUAACCGUGGUUUGGACCAUAAGUGCGGCACCUGCGCCACGGUUCUUUCUAGCCCUCGAGCCAAGCGGACGUGCUUGUCAGUUCACGAAGAACCGUGCAGCCGUUUCCAUAAGACUCUAUUUUUCAGGAGGCAAUCCCAUGCCUGCGAGUCCUGCAGGAUAACCGAGAAAGUCCACCAGAACCGUCAUAAAGACAUUUUCAAACUGACACAACAGCUGAAGGAAUUAGACACCCUGGAAAAUAAUGGUACAAUUCAGAAAGAGAGGAAGACACCGGGAAGGCAAAGUGAAAGCUUCAUACCCAAAACAGAAAAAGAACCGCUAGAUAUACAAAGCUGGAAGGACGGCUCGAAGGAAUUCCAAGCCCAAAGGCGACUGGAAAUCGUCACAACGGCGGAUGUCCAGCUAGUGGCUGAUAUUUUGCAUCCGACGAUUGAGCCCAAACGAUGGCAAGGGAUAGAACUCAGAGGUGACGCAAAGAUAGCCUCAGGCAUUGCAAAUCAGCAGGAUAAGAAGCGUAGCAGUCUAGGGGAUAUUAUAGCCGGCUUUGGUGUCACGCCUACCCCUUCGAAAAAUACGAAACAGCGCAAAAGGCUCAUCGACAAGCUCAAUAUAGCCGUAGCGGCCGAUCUGACCGCGUUCGAGAAUGAACAAGCAGAGACAAUGGCGAGGAGAGCGGGAUAUUGGCGCUACGUGAACAAGCGGUCAUACAAUGAGAUGGUACGCCGUAAUGAAAUAUGGGACUGGGCUAGUGGUGAGAAGCUAUCAGAGAUCGAUGAAAGUGAGCUUGGUGACAGCGUUGACGACGGUGACGAUGGCUUGGGAACGACUGUUCGAGCUACAACGAAAGUAAGCGACGAUCUUUUCUCAUCUAACCUUACGAUGGCAACUAAUGACUCGGAGCGAGAUACUGGUAGUGGUCAUCCAAGAAGCAGCACAGCGAGAGAGGCUUUGCUAGGAAGUCAUUCCUGUGGCAUUGAAAGGGAUGAUCGAGUAAUGGAAACGAAAAUACGGGCUGCCUCACCACCGGUCAAAAUUCCUGAUCCCACACCUACCAAAGCUUAUCACAGAGACAAGACGAUAGCCCGUGAAUUUUGUCAAACAUCGCCGAUGCCAGCUGAAACGCCAGAGAAUGCGUUUAGUCCUCUUAAAAGGGAAGUUCCAGCCCCACGCGACGAAGUCGAUGGACCAAAUAGCUGCUGUCCUGACGACUCGGAAAAGCAAAAGCACCCUGAACACUGGCCUUCGCUUGGUCGCAAAGAGGAAGCAGCGAAAGAUGAGGUCAAAAUCGCAGUCAAGAAGUUGAAAAUCCUCAAUGUGACAGGGACAUUACUUGAGAAGCCUAAGCAGGCCAAGCGCUUUGUGAAACCAAAGAGCUCCUCUCCAGCUACGCAAGGGAAGUUUCUCAAAGUCACGACCAGCCUGAAAAGCUUAACCAACACGGACGAAGCCUGGACCGAUGUCGUGAGUCGAAAAAGGAAGCAAAAGUGA